UCCCAAUUACCCAGCAAAGUGUUCAAGCAUUCACAACGUCCCAUCAUACCGUUCUAGUAUGUCUGGACGUCUACUCCAGUGGCCAGCAUGGCCCGAGUUCUCCGCUAAAGACGGGGAGACCAAUGAGGACCUGAUUCAAUACAAAAAGGAUAUUGUAGAAGCAUAUGGGAAAGACAACAUAGUCAGGGCCUGGUUGAAAGUCUGUGCCGAACUUGAAAAGAUCACCGAAGAUAUUACCUCUCGUGGCACUUCAGCAAUCCCAGAAGUCGACUUCAAGGAUAUCUUUACUCUCAGUGAUGUUGAGCGACAGAAGCUGAAAGAUACUGGCUGCUUCGUUAUUCGGGGAGUGUAUGACCGAGCCCAGGCGGACCGAUGGUUUCAAGACCUCAAAUCCUAUGUUGCUGCCAACAAAGAUCAAGUCAAUGGCUGGCCUGAAACCUCCCCUGCCAUUUAUAGACUUUAUUUCUCACCUUCACAAAUGGCUGCUCGCUCUCAUCCCAAUCAGUUGAAGUUGAGUCGAGAGCUAAACUCGUGGUGGCACGAUGAUUCGAAGUCUUCAUCUCCAGAGCCCCUCUCAUACGCUGACGCAGUGCGUAUUCGACCCCCCGGGGUACCGUUCAUGGGGCUUGGGCCUCACAUCGAUGCUGGAAGCUUGUCACGCUGGGCUGAUCCGACUUACCGGUCAUUUUACUCUGCUGUCUUCUCUGGGUUUCCUGAGUCCUUUGACACCUAUGACCUGACCCUUCGAAAAGGUGCCGACCAAGCCUUGUUCCCUGGGGGCGCUCACUCGCGUGUCUUCCGGAGUUUUCAAGGCUGGACAGCGUUGACCAGCGCAGGGCCUGGCGAGGGCAGCCUUCUCCUGUACCCCAACAUCAAGUGGACGUCUGCCUAUUUGAUGCUGCGACCAUUCUUCCAACCUCCAAGCAACAAGGAUGACGUUAUGAACCCUGAGAGUUGGACGUUCGACGCAGACAGUCCUUGGUUUCCCGGUACAUACAGGGAGCACAGUCAAAUGCUGAGCCCGACAUCCCAUCCCCACUUGCGACUGCGUGAUUGCUUGGUGCAUAUUCCACAGAUGCAACCCGGAGAUACGGUGUGGUGGCACGCCGACAUGUGCCAUGCCGUCGAGGUCGAUCAUCACGGAGACCAUGAAGCUAGUGUCGCAUACAUUGCCGCAACUCCAACGACCGAAGAAAACCAGAAAUACAUCAAAGGCCAGCUGCAAGACCUAAUGCGAGGGGUCCCGCCCGAAGACUUUCGAGGAGGAUCAAGCGAGAAGGACUUUAAAUUGUUUACGGGGGAAAGGGGGAUUCUCAGUGGUGAAGAAGGCCGUCGAGCCAUGGGAUUCCAUCUCAUUACCGUUUGAGGGAAAUGGACUUUCAAUCAAAACCAAGACCACAUUUGACGUCGUAAAAGGUGGAUUUUAUUGACCGAAUACGAUCCUAACGGUUCUUGGUACCAUUGCCGCUACUAUCAUUGUCAGGACCCAAAUCAGUAGGCUGUGCCUUGAGGGCCGGCGAUGAUCCAGACGGAGAAGAUGUCCCGCUGGACAAAGUGAUACUAAUUUCGUGUUCAAAUCUAACUUGUCCAAAGGACAUGGCUGCUCAGCUGCUCUAUGUUAAGAGCGCCCGCUUAUGAGAAGCGACGAAAACUUCCUUCCAGAAUAUGACAAGGCUGUUCAAUAAGCGAGGUUGGUGUCAUCUGAACAACGGUCUGAUCCUUGCAUUUGUUUCUAAGCCUCGGCUCAGCUUGCACGUACAGGUAUGGAGCAUAAGCAGAAAGAGACAGUAAACGCAAAGGACUAUCCCCGUGCCCAGACCGACGAGCAAGGUAGUCCAUUGUUAGUUCAUAUUUUCAGCAAAGGCCCUGGGAAGAAGCAUGUCGUUUGACGGAGAUCUGUUCUCCGAUUAGAAGUCGACGAGGGCCCCCCGUUCGGUCGUUUUCCGGUUAGGGUUGGGUUGGUUCAAUGGGGGGCCAGAAACCAGGCAAUUUUUAGUCGUGUAAUCUCGCUACGAACCAGACUUUCACGCUUGGACGUCUGCUCGGAUCUUCUGGAAAGUCGGAUGGAUCUCUUUGCCUCUCUGCAGAAACAACUACUAAACUCUUCUGGUAAUCGCUUCACCGAACGUACACUACGCGAAGCUGGUUUCAAGAGGAGAGCACGAGACGGGCAUGGCUCCAGGAACUAUGUAUAAUAUUGCAGAUCCUGGGUCGAAUCGUUCCCACUUCACCGACCACCAUGCUGGGG